AUUUCAGAUGCGCGUUCCCUCUUCGAUCCCACGUUCAAUCUUGCUGUGACUGUGUGAAAAGAAUACAGGAAAGAGACAGAGCCAUGGCGAUCAUCAGUUUGGUGCUCAGGCAGCUUCUGAGGCAGGCUUGCACCUGUCGGUGUCAUCAACACACAGCGCUCAUCUACUGUGGGGCCCUCGUCCUUUUCGUGGUGUCCAUCCACCAAAUAGGAGAGGUGAGUUUACAGCUGAAAACGUCUUAAUGAUCAACUACUUGAUCAUGUGACAUGUUUUUCCAACCUGCAACGGUCUUUACGAGAAUCUUCUAUUCUAUGUAUAUUUUGAAAUUGUUAGUCUUAGGUGAAAUCAGUGUUUCCUCUCAUUUUCCCUGUAUGAGUCUAAGAGCAGACACACAAACGACCUGAGCAUUCCUUGGACCACUGUGAGCGCCAUCAGAUGUGCACACUUUUAGCACGACACCUGUCCAAAACCUGAGAACUUGAAGUAGUCCAACUUCCAUUCUGUGGUAUUUUGUACAUGAGUCACAAUGUAGCUCUCUUUUUUGUCCACCUCAGUCAUAACAAGCCAUGGAAUUAUCUCAUCCAAUUCAUUAACUGAAUCUUGCAGGAGAAACCUACUGGAUCUUUUCAUUUUCCAUGUCUUUUCUUGUUUACCAUUUAUUUUGUUAAUUAUGCAUACUUUUAUUUCGUUAUUUCCUUUCUGUUUUUGCAGCAGCCUUCGUUCGGGAAAUGUACUUGAAAGUGAUGCCAUAUUUGCUGUAUAUGUUUACCUUUGUCUAAAUAAAAAAUUUAAAUAACAAAAAAUCUCAACCGAACAAACAACCACAUUUCGGUUCCUCCGGCAUCACUCGUGCAAACUCGGCAUGACGCUUCCGGUAUCCUGUAAAAUAAAAGCAUGCGAGUACCACAUGCACAAUUAAGCCGCACAUUCAGUCCACACUUUUCACUCAGAAAAGUGGCUUACUACUUUGUCAUUGCAGCAUGUUUUUCAGAGCAGCCCUUUCUCAUUCAAAAAAGAAAAAAUCUCACUCAGACUCCCUUCGUUCUGCCACAAUACAGGGUUAGCAAGCAUACAUAUAUACUGUAUAUAUCUACAUCACUUUUAGCUUUUUCAUCAAGUGCUGGUGUAACUUUCUGGCUAAAGUGAGCACAUGAUUGUAUUUCGUAGCGAGGCUCAAUAACUUUAAUCAUAUGCAGUCAUGGAAAAAUGAUUAGACCACCCUUGUUACUUCAUUUUAUUGAUCCAUUUUAAUGCCUGGUACAACUAAAGGUACAUUUGUUUGGACAAAUAUAACCAUGAUAACAAAUAUAGCUCGUAAGAGUUUAUUUAAAAGCUGAUAUCCAGCAACUUCCAUGGUUUUCUUGAUAAUAACCAAAAUCACUUAAGUUCUUACAUGAAUAGCUAUAGCAUUGUACUGCCAAAAAACGUAACUCUUAUGAGCUGUUUUUGUUGUUAUUGUUAUAUUUGUCCAAACAGAGGUACCUUUAGUUGUAUCAGGCAUUAAAAUGAACGUGGUCUAUUCAUUUUUCCAUGACUGUACUUAAAGCCAGUGCUCUCAACAACUGAAUAUGGACGUCAUCUCGUGGCUAUAAAAACUCCCAAUACCGUGUGUUACUGCUUUGGCCCGACCAAUUAUCGAUGUUUGCACUAAACUGGUUUUCUUUCUUGUAGAUGUAACAUUCACUGCCAGAUGAUGCCACUUUAAGUGGGCUUAACAUGUUAGACGUGUUUCCUGCAGCAUACCCGAUAUCCGUGGAAAUGUCGACACACAACUUCGGAUUCAUCCACUUGUUUUGUCCACCCGUAAUUUUAACAGGGUAAGCCAAAGUGUUCCCAAACAGGAGACCGUAGUGAGAUGGGAGAGUCUUCCAGCUCAGGAUUCUCGCUUGUAUUUGCCAUGAUGCCAUUUGUCACGCCGGCGAGCUACUAGGGUUCUUCCCCCUCAGUCAGUGGCGUACGACCCUCAGAGGCGUCCGUGCGGAAACUCGCCCAGGACUUUAAUUCCGCGUGAAGCGCUUAGAUCACCCCGGUAAUACAUUUAAUGAGAAAAAUAGCGUAAAAUAUAACCGAAACGGUACGCAAGCGGACCGAAACGAACAUGCAGAACCGAAACGGUUCAAUACAUCCAUGUUUACACCCCUAAUAUAUAUGCACAUACAGUAUAUAUACAUAUAUACAGUGUUGUGAAACAGUGUUUUCCCCCAUUCCUGAUUUCUUAUUGUUUGCAUGCUUGUCACCCUGAAAUGUUUCAGAUCAUCAAACAAAUUUAAAAAAUUAGUCAAUGACAAAACAACUGAACACAAAAUGCAGUUUUAAAAUAUUUUUAUUAUUAAUGGAGGAAAAAAAUCCAAGUCACAUCACUGUAUAUAAUGGGUGCAAUAUAAGAUCCACAAAUGGAUGCAUUUAUUGUUUUCAUAGGGGCUCAGAAGCUCUUCAAGGGGGGCUUGGCUCCCAUUAGUUCAAGCAAGUAUGUCACCAGUGUGUUCGCUACUGUGAUGAGUUCACUGCAAGGGUCACUUUGUAUGGAAUCACAUGGACAAUGUAAAGUCAUUAAAAAGAGGAGUCUUAAACUUGUGGUAAUGUAGUACUAAUCACUCUGAUGCACACAGACAGUGGAAAAGCAGAGUCUGGACCAAUCUCGCCACAUGUUAUUGCACAUGGUCAACAACACUAAGGACUGCAAAUCAUUCCACAGCAGAAACUGUACGCCCAUGCCCAUCGAUCUGGUGUACACGUGGGUGAACGGUACAGACGAGACCCUGCUCAGGAACCUUUUGGUGGCCAAACAGCAGCUGGAGGAGGAAGAAAAAGCUACGAGUACCUUCAUUGAAGACGUGAUUCUUGACAUGCUUGAAAACAGGAAGGUGGUGGUGGUUGAGCUCGCUGCCACAUCGUUUCUUUGGAAAGAGUCACGUCUUCAAUGAAGAAAGACGCCACAAUGCCCACUGUCGAACUGCAUUUCAUCACCCAUGCUGGCAAUUGAUCCCGCCCUGCCGGCCAGUUUCAACACCAGCGAGUUGUACUUCAUCUCACCCUCCCUCUCGGCCGCAAAGGCGCUACUGAAGCUCACCAAACCAUCCCAAACAUCUGAAUCCGUCUCCGUGGUUAUCUUCCAUUCACAGAUUGACGCUGAAAAGGCAUUGACAGACACGCUCAGCAAAAACAAGACAUUCUCGAUUAACAAGUGUUACUUGACCACAGACAAAGAUGCUCCGGAUGUAAUCCAAAUGCAGACUGUGGCCUACCUGACUGGAUUCUUCGGCUCCUUCACGACAUCAGAGGUGCUGCGAGCCAAAUUACCUGUUGCCAUCACCAACAAGAUCACUGGGUUGGAGUUGUACAGAGAUGCCCGCAUCGCUCUGCUGCACUUCAGAAGUUCACAAGACUUGACUGAUCUCCUCCAGGAGGCAAAAAAGGCAGAAAAAAGCAGUAACACAAUGAUGCUGAAUGGGAAGCAGCUGGUCAUCAGACCUGUGUACUUAUUCUGGGACCUGAGUGCCAUCAUCAAGUUUGUGCAGAUGCAACCUGUCCCUACAAAAAAGGAGACCAGAGAUUUUCUUACAGCCAAUCGCUUCGAGGACAACGAUGCACUACGGCAUUCUCUGCGCUCUGUGGAGAAAUUUGCUCCCUGGGUGCGACACAUCUUCGUCGUCACUAACGGACAGAUUCCUUUCUGGCUCAACCUGAGCAAUCCCCGUGUUUCAGUUGUCACACAUAAGGAAAUCUUUCUGAACCACAGCCACCUUCCCACCUUCAGCUCCCGCGCUAUUGAGAGCCACCUCCACCGCAUUCCGGGAAUUUCCCAGAAGUUCAUUUAUCUCAACGAUGACAUUAUGCUUGGCAAAGACAUCUGGUUGGACGACUUCUACACCCCAUCAAAUGUGCAGAAAAUUUAUGUCACCACGCCUGUUCUCCCUUGUGCCCGCAACUGCCCAGGGACCUUGAUUGAGAACGGACGCUGUGAUUCCCAGUGCAACAAUGCUGCCUGUGAUUGGGAUGGGGGAGACUGCAAGUCCAUAACUCAGAGGUCAAGACGCAGUGUUGGUCCUUGGGGGGCCUCUACUACUUUUGGUGGUGAGCUUCCUCAAGCUGGCAAGUCUGACGCCACCAACCACAACCAAACGCUGUCACCAAAACCACCAAUCUUGUUCUUGAAUGAGAAUGAGGACAAAGGCGGUCCCAAAGGGAAAGUGUCCGAUGCUGAUGCAGCUCCCCUGUGGAAGAAGUUUCAACAAUUUGUCCCUUCUCACAAAAGCUUCCUGCCCUGGGAGAAGUACUUUCAAGAUCUACUUGAGGAAGAUGACCAUCUACAAAAAGCGCUAUUGUUUGAGACCAAUGGUGCUGCCAUUGGCCGAAAGCUGCUGAGCAGUUUCAGCGAAUCGCUGCGCUUCGUCGACAGGCUGUACAACCGCAAGUUCGGUAUCAUGACCCGAAAAUCUCCUGCACACACACCACAUAUGUUUGACAAGUCUAUCAUGCAAGAGGUGCAAGACACAUUCCCAGAAGAAUUUCACAGGACCUCGAGCCAUAAUUUGCGUCACUCGAAUGACAUGCAGAUUUCCUUUUCCUACUUUUACUUCCUGAUGAGCGUUAAGCACAAGGUCAACAUCUCAGAUGCGUUUGACACGGCUGACAAAGAUCACUCUGGUAUUCUGUGCGAUAGUGAGAUUCAAGAUCUAGGCACAAGAAUCCAAAAGCAGCCAAUCAAACCUACGGACUUGGAAGAUUUGAAGAAGCAGUUGAUCACCUGCUGUACAACACUUCCAUCGGAAGUCACUGGCAUUACUCAGAUAAAACCCAGUCAGCCUCUGAUCACAAAAGACGUAGUCUUGAACUGCAAACCUAUCACUGAUCGCAUUGGCAAACACCCGAAGUACAAAUCUCAGGUCAUGGGGCAGCAGGACACACAUUACAAGUAUAUUACCAACAACGUAGACAGUGCCAGUCAUCAGUUUAAAGAUGUUCUGACCCAUCCCAAAAAGUUCAUCUGCAUCAAUGAUGGAAUAGAUCACACUGAAAACAAAUCCAAGGAAGUAAAGGCAAAGCUGGCGAAAUUUUACCAAGACAUGUUCCCACAGCCUUCUACAUUUGAGCUGCCCAUAAACAAAUCCAACAGGUUUUUGUACAGAGACGAGCUUUGGGAAUGGCAAGCCUAUCAACAGAAGUUGAGGUUCUACAGAUUCUGUGCCAUUGUGGUCCUCGUCAUCGUGAUUUUCAAGUUCCUCUUCAGAAAGAUGACUCCCUUGAUAGGAAGGCUGCUGCACAGACAAAAGGAGUCAAAACUUGAACAUGUUAACACGCAAGGUUUAUACUGCUCGAUGUAAAAAAAGUAUGUUGUAUUUAUUUAUACACACAUUUGUUGACAGAAGUAAGACUAUUACAUACAAGUCAACCCUCAGGUUCAUACGAAACUCCCGUAUUUUGCCUUUAUUUCCUGGCACACUACCGUUGUUGUCACGUUCGUCAGUGGUCUGUCUUCGUGCUCUAUGUCGCUCUAGUUCCUGCCUUCUCCUGGCCUGUGUUUUUCCCUUGCAGUCACACCUUGAGCGGGCUGGAGGCGGGGACGCUGGGCACACCUGUAACUGAUUACUCGCCAUCCAUUUAAGAUGACUGCUUACAGCUGGACGCUGCUGGUUCUUUGGUUCUGACAACCGCCGCCUGCCCCAACGUGGACUCCUACCACGCUACCAGUCUUCUCCUAGCUUCUACUUUUAGCCAGGCUAGCCCAGCUGUUACCCAGCUACCCAGCCAGCUCCUUCUAUUGUGUUUUUGGACUAUUUCAUGGUGACUCCUAGUUCUGCCUUUUCUGCACCAUCGCUUUCUGUUAUUCUGAUUGGAAUUUUGCCUGCACACUUGCAUUAAAGUGUUGAACUGCA